AUGUUGGUUGCACCUGAAGUAAUUACACCAGACAACUCUGAAUUGUUGUCCUUCCAAAGUCUUAAAAUCUACCGUUCACAAUACAAUAUUGCUUUAAAAGUUGUAGAAAAAUGGUUGCAAUCUUCUCUUGCUGGAUAUAAGGAAACAAAAUUCAAAUCCAUUAACUUGUGUAUAAUAGGCCCAACAUUUACUGCACUAAGAAACCAAACCUCUGACGACUUUGAAUUAUUUAAAGAGGCCAUUGGACUAUCAGCAUUCACUAGUGUUAUUGUUAACAGCGACAAUGUUGGUAAAGAAAAAACUAAUUCAUUCAUUGAAAGAUUUGACAAUGAAAAUGAGUUACACCUUUUGGUUCAUGAUGAAGCACACUGGGGCAUUGCUAAAAACAGUACCAUCAAUGAUUUCUUAAAACAAAUCAACGAGAAGAGGAAGAAAGUUUUACAAAAAGGAAAAAAACUUUAUUUAGGAAUAUUGUUAGUCACUGCAACUGCAAAUGUUCUCCUGUUUGGCAACUAUGACUUUAGAAUAGAAAAUAAUGUUGACUGGAAUCAUCUUAGGACAACCUCUCCAGAACGCUAUGGAACUCCCAGUUAUAGAUCUAUUGAAGAACUUGAGUUUAAACAAGACAAGAUCAUUGGUAAUACUAAUACCAUGAAAGAAGCGUCCAAUGCAGUUGUUAAAGAGUACGAGGAGGCAAUUAACAAAAUCAAUGAAAGUAAGACAACUUCAGCUGAAAUAAUUAGAAAUAUUUACCUUUCUGAAGAGCCAGUUAUGGGUGUAAUUCGUUUGAAAAGCAAAGACCAUGCUGAUAUGUUGUCUUCUUCUCUGAUUAACUAUUUAAAAAAUAGAUCCAAGAAGGUAUAUGUAGUGAAAUUAACAGAUAACACUCCUAAUAUUAGUAAACAAUUAGAACAGCAAGGUUAUGGUCCUAAUUCAAUGAAUACUUUAAUUGAACUUGAUAAGCUUUCAGUUAUAUUGGUAUUAGUAGAUAGAAAAAUUCUAAUACUCGAUGGAGGUAUUUCUACAUACAUGACAGAAUUAGGACUAGAAUUGAAUGGUUCCUUGUGGGGAGCAAAUUAUUUACUGGAAAAUCCGAAAGCCAUCGCGAAGGUACAUUCCGAUUAUGUUCAUGAGGGAUUGUGUGAUAUUUGCACAAGUAGUAGUUAUCAAAUUUCUCAGGAGGGACUUGCUGCUGAUCAUGUUUCAAUGAAGGAGGAGGAAAGAAUUGAAUUGGCCAGUAGGAUGUUUCGGGAUUCUGUUCAGAUUGCUAGAAAAGUUGUUAGAGAGAAGGAGAAAUUGGUGGCUGCAAGUGUUAGUUGUUUUGGAGCAUCAAUUUCAAAUUUACUUGGAGAGGCAAAGGAAUAUUUUGGUGAUUAUUUGGAUAAGGAUGUUGAUUCAAAUAGUGGACAUUAUGUUCACAAGUUUGUGAAACAAUUGAGUGAAAAAUUGGGUGAAACUUUGGAAAAAUCUGGAAUGGAACAAGUAAUUUAUGAUUUUCACUAUCCAAGAGUGAGAGAAUUGAUAUUGGCUGAGCCAGAUUUUAUCUUGUUGGAGACAAUGCCUGUUUUGAAGGAAGUUGAAAUUUUAUGUGAUCGAGUCAUUCCAGAUAUUUUGAAGGAGUUGAAUAAGAAAGGUAUCAAAGUGAUGAUAUCAUUCUAUUGUAAAGAUGGCUUACACACUGGACAUGGAGAAAGUAUUGAGAAAUGUGUCGAGUAUGUCAAUCAAGAUAGGUUUAAUCCAUCAUUAUUUGAGAUUUUUGCUGUUGGGGCUAACUGUAUUUCUCCAUCUAUAGUUCCAAUUUUAAUUGAAAAUAUUCACACUCAUCUCAGAAAGGAUAUUUCCAUCAUUCUCUAUCCUAACAGUGGUGAAAUUUACGAUAAUCUCACAAAAUCUUGGAGCAUACCACAGGGUGGAUUGGAUUGGCUUUAUGAUAGAGAUUUUAUUCCAUUCAUCAAGAAAUGGAGUGAAAACCAUCCAGAAAGAAA